CUCAGUUCCUUGCUAUCCAAGCUUCCGAGACCUUGAUGGGCGAGCCAGGAGCCAUAUACAACUGCGACGUCCGCCUUCGAGUCUUCCGACGACCCAAGGGCUCUCGCUUGGGAACUUGGCCGGCUACGGUGGGGAUAGAAACCUCGAGCGAAUGCACCCGGACGGAUGCACAUCGCCAGACACCAAACACAUCCGAAUCCGACAGAAGUUGGAUUAUGGAUAGAAGGACAAUGGCAGCACGCCUCGGUCGGAGGUAUGCCGUCAACCCAUGCCGUUGCAAUAUGCUUCAAUCACCGUCAGGCCUCAGGCAUCUGCUCAGUACGAGUAUUUUAACAAGAUAGUGCGUCGUCACCAUGUGGUCAAAGAAGAUAGUGCGUCUCACCUUACUUUUUUGUCUCCUUCUCGAUCAACGAUCCGGAUCACCCCGCGCUGGCUGCUGAGUGCAACGGAUGUGUUGAUCAUGCCUACGUAUACCUCUAGCCAGGCCGUGUUGCCCCGAGUCGACUGUGUCCCACUUGAGUGUGGUCUGUGGCUAUAUCCGGUCAGCAGGAUACACCCGGGAAGACCUCAACGUCAGCAAUCGUUGCCGAAGCGAAUGCUUCCAUCACUAUAUGCACCAUACCUACGGUAAUAAUGGAUUGGUGGCGUUAACGGGUAUUGCUUCUUUCGGUAGUAGCACCACAAAAAGGAGAUCCUCAGUUAUUCGUACGAAGCUCCAGGAAGCAUCCCAGACAUUUGUUGGAUGAGUGAUGAUGUCGAGAUAAGGAAGCGCGUACAUUUGGUACAUACGCCAUUUGUCA